UUUUACACAGUCCAAUUGAAUUUGUCAAUUGUAUAAGUGGUGUAAGAUAUUAUGGAGGAACCGAAGAGAAAAAGUUUUUUAGACAAUUUGAAAGAACAGCUUAGUUUAAUCAAUCGCUCCACACUUACGACUCGCUUUUUAUACAUUGGUGAAUAUAAAGGAUCUAAAAAUAAUUUGCGGAAAAAAAUGAACUUGAAUGUAACAGAAUUAAAUGAAGAAUACGGCGAAAUUGUUCUUACAGGAUUUCUCCUUGUGUAUCCUAAAUAUUUUCUGCAUUUGAUAGAGGCAUCGGAAGAAAUAAUUUAUAGGCAUUUGCAAGCGAUAUUUGCAGCCGAUUUUCAAGAAAUUCUAGGACACGUUAUAUCUCUGCCAACAUCUUACAACAUAUACAAAUUAUACUUCUCCGAUUGGCAUUACGCAUUUGCAGCAAAUCCACCCGUAUUAUUAUCUAAAAUUGAACAAAUCGAAUUGCAUGAAAUACACAAACAAAUUAAAAAUUGCUUAUUUAAAAUGUAUUCUUUGAGUGAAUAUCUAAUGGACGUUGGAAAUAAAUCCCGUAAUAGCUUUGUCGAAAUAAUAAAAAAUUUGGAGACAAAUGCAUCGGAUUAUUUACCGGAAGUCACAAUAAUCGAAUAUUUAUUAUCUAUAGAAACGUCGGUGCUCAAAGACUUACGGGAUUAUUUGAAGGCAUUUAAUGACUUUCCAACCAUCAAUUUUUAUAAUGACUGCAUUUGGCCCCCACCCAGUAGUUUUGCACCCCGUGUUAUUAAUUACUUUGAUGAGACGCAAAAACAAGUAGAUCAGUUAUAAUGGCUGACUUUAAAUAUUGGUCGGUUGAAGAUUAGUUAAGUAUGAUUUUCAAUAAUACUUUUUUUUUUUUUUAUAUUAAAUUUCGUUUCAGUUCGUAGGCUCAACUAAUUCAUUUUCUUUUAUUUUUUACUUUAUUUUCCACUU